AUCCCUGUUUUCAAAAGUGUUUCAAAACAACACCAAAGGCAAACAACACCUUUCCCUCACACAGCUUCCUAAGAUGGAUGAAGAAAAGUAUGCAGAUAACUUUCGAACUUCUAAAGGGAGAAAUCUUAUUCAGAGGCCAUUUCUCCUGAUCUAUGCACUGCUGGGUGUCUCCUACCUGCUGAUUGUCAUUGGCUUUGUGGUGGCCCUCUCCAAAGUUGCAUUAGCAUCCUCAGAAAUCAGCAAGCUCCACACAGCCCUUGCGAAGGAUCCCUACGGACAUGAUUUUCACUUGUUCCCGUGUGGUGCUGACACCAGACAAUGGGAAUAUUUCAGUGGGAAAUGCUACUACUUCUCCCUGAAGACUGUGUCCUGGCACAUGGCCAAAGCGCAGUGUGAACAGCAGCACUCUCAGCUGGUCAUCGUUAACAAUUUGGCCAAACAGAAUUUCAUACAGACACGGACCAGGAAUGAGCGCUAUUGGAUUGGACUCCAUGACCAACACAAAGAAGGCGAGUGGAAAUGGCUGGACGGCAGCAAUUACAGAACAGGCUUCAAGAACUGGAAGCAAGGAGAACCCAACAGUUAUCAAAACCAGGAUGAGGACUGUGGCCAACUCUGGAUCAAUGGGGAAUGGAAUGACUACACCUGCAGUUCUGAAUCUUUCUAUGUCUGUGAGAAAGCCUUACCAGUGAAGCCGACAUCUGCAUCCAAGAGGACCUGAACACCUGCCUUGAUCUUCACGCCUAAUAUGAGCGACUUCAAACCCUAACCUGGUGACAGCUCCCAAAAAAGCAAUGUACCAUUAUCAGGAAAACAUUAUCAUCAUUAUUAUUUUUAAAAUAUCAAACAAACUUUCAAGAUUUCAUUUUAAAACCCAAUUAUUUGGGGGAAAUGGCAGAUUUACUGCUGACAUAGAAAUUCUUAAGCAAUUGUUUCUUCCAAACUGUGGGAAAUAAUUCUGUCCUUUCUUACAUCUUACAGGGUUCCUGAGAUGGUGUAAGAAAAGUACUUUCAACGCUAUAAAGUAUUAUAUAAAUGCUGCUA